AUGUCGGACAUUCUAGUUCUGCUGAGACUUAUAAGCUCGGUUUUAUUAGCUAUUGCGGUUUCAAAUGGGAACUUUGCUGCCCGAGCGGAUUCUUCGGCGUCGAACUCAAGCUCAGUCUAUGCACCACCUACUGGAGCCCACCCGACUUCGCAACCGCACACUCCAUUUAGUGGAACGCCAUCAACCACCGGUGCCCUCACUGCAACUUCCAUUGGAAAAGGCAUUUCCUCUGGAAGUGUAGCUGCAGAAGCCACAACGUACUCUAGUGAUGGCAAGCUUCAUAAUGCCGAGCCGGCUCCAUUCGUUCCCGCCGGAGGAAUUGGAACAAAUGGAUCAACUCCGGUAUAUAAUGCAAAGAGUGAUUUUGACUAUGAAUCUUUAGCACUAGCUUUGUAUCAGGAAUGGAUCGAGUUGGACCUCUUCCAGGAUGGACUGAGUCGAUUUUCGGAAGCAGACUUUAGCGAAGCUGGCCUUACGUCCAAGGACCGAGAUUUGAUCUCCUUCAUGGUUGCUCAAGAAGUUGGACAUGCAACCAUGCUCAGCAACAUCUUGGGCGCUUCAGCACCCCAGCCGUGCACCUAUAACUACCCAUACACUACCGUCAGAGAGUUUAUCGACUUCUGCCAGAAAUUGACACGUUUCGGAGAGGCUGGUGUAUACGGAUUUCUAGCCCACCUCAACUCUCGAGAAGCCGCUAGUUUGCUCACGCAGUCGAUCACGACGGAAGCACGCCAGCAGAUGAUCUUCCGCCAGUUUGGUAAGCUAUUUCCCAUGCCAGAGUGGUUUGAAGUUGGUAUUCCACAGUCAUGGGCCUGGACUCUAUUAGCGCCAUAUAUCAGUUCUUGCCCUGGCAAUCAGACUCGUCUCGUCUGGCAGAACUUCCCCGCAUUACGGAUCCUCAAUCAACCUAGCCUAGCCACUGCCGGUAUGACCAGCAACAGCAGCAAUGGCUCAGCUGUGAAUAAUACCAUCUCACCAGGCAUAAAUGUUGUCAAGACACCAAACAGAUCAUCUAAUAGCUCGAGUUCUUCAGACAGUGACUGUGGUGUUACAGUCACCAGUAAGCCCGCGGCUCUUUCAUUCGCUGGUCGCUAUGUUAUACUUCAAUGGGAGAAUGCAGGCAAGAGAGUCGGCCCUAACAACAGCUAUGUGACCUCUUCUCAAGCCAAAACAGCCAAAUACGUAGCUUGGGUAUCGCAACUCAAUGUCACUUACACAUCACUCGGGCCCAGUCACAAUGGCACUUAUGGCUAUACCGUUCAGCCCGAUCUCGACACCUACGAGGGGGACCCUGCGGUCAACGGGACGAUGUUCAUUGCUAUUACCGAUGAUAACCCGGUAUUGACCCCAUUCAAUUUGAGCUUGAUCAAUCCACAUGUUGUCGCUGGCCCUGCAAUAUAUCAGGCUGGUUAG